AUGGCCACAGGAAAUGCCCUUGUGAUUCGUGUGCCCGAAGGGAAAUCUCCUCAAUUAGUCCAAGAACAGCUUCCCAUUCCCUUUCCCGGCGCCGGCCAAGUGCAGGUCAAGGUGUCGCACGUGGCACAGAAUCCGACAGAUGGUGGGAUCCUCUGCCCUAUACAGAGGUCACACCCAACCUUCAACAUGUUUUUGAUACCAUCGGAAUUGCCAACUCCUCGUCUCUUUCCUCUCGGGCAUUUUGGUGACCGCGAGGGGAAUCUCUGCACCGUCAGACCCGGAAAGGCAAACACGGAGCACGUUACUACUAAUACACGAGUGACUGACAUGUUAGUAUGGACUGCAUUCCUGAAGGAUCACCGUUAUGCCCAUUUCCAUUGGCCGGCUUCGAAGGAAGACCACGAGCUUGCUAGUGACUUAUUCAAUAGCUUGUCCACCUGGCUGGAACAGGGCAAAAUCAAGCCGAACCGGCCAAAGGUACUCCAUGGCUUGGGGUCUGUAACUCAAGGGUUUCAGGAAUACCGGGAUGGUACGAUAUCUGCGUAUAAGAUUGUGUAUGAGCUGUGA